AUGGAGGUUAAACCGAUCGUUCUCGAGAACACCAACCGUCGUGAUGCUCUGAUUGAAAUCGAAAAGAAGUACAGAAAGAUCUGGGAAGAGGACAAAGUGUUUGAGGUGAGUGCUCCUACCGACAAGGAAAUUCCUUACGGAACUUCUUAUGAGGAGCUCCACGCCAAGAACCCCAAAUUCCUCACCACCAUGGCCUAUCCAUACAUGAACGGUAUUUUGCAUGCUGGACACAGUUUUACGCUCUCUAAGAGUGAGUUCACUGCAUCUUUCGAGAGACUGAAGGGUGCCAGAGUUUUGUUCCCUCUUGGAUUCCACUGUACUGGUAUUGCCAUUUCCGCCGCUGCUGACAAGUUGAAGAGAGAGAUCGAGCUGUUUGGUGAGGAUUUCUCCAAACUUCCCGAACAAGAAGAUCAAGAAGAAGAAAAGCCAAAGGCUGCUGCAAAGAGAGAGGAUGUCACCAAGUUCUCUGCCAAGAAAUCAAAGGCCCAAGCCAAACAAGGCCGUGCCAAGUACCAGUUUGAGAUUAUGCAACAGUUGGGUAUUCCAACCUCUGAGAUCAAGAACUUCUCCGACCCAUACUACUGGGUUACGUACUUUCCUCCGCUUGUUGAAGAGCAGGUUCGUUCUUUUGGUGGAAAGGUUGACUGGAGAAGAUCUACCGUCACUACUGACUACAACGGAUUCUAUGAUUCGUUUGUUAGAUGGCAAAUGAACAAGUUGAAGCAACAAAACAAGAUCAGAUUCGGUGAGAGAUACACGAUUUACUCCGUGAAGGAUGGUCAGCCAUGUAUGGACCACGACAGACAGUCCGGAGAGGCUGUUCUCCCUCAAGAGUACACUGGUAUCAAGAUUGAAAUUACCGAGUUUGCUGAAAAGGCUCAGGAGGUCUUGAAGAAUGAGAAGUUCGACUUGGCUGGUAAGAAGGUGUACCUUGUUGCAGCAACCUUGAGACCAGAAACCAUGUACGGUCAAACGUGUUGUUUUGUGUCUCCAAAGAUUAAUUACGGAUUGUUCGACGCUGGAAAUGGAGAAUACUACAUCUGUACCGAGAAAUCUUUCAAGAACAUGAGUUACCAAAAGAUUUCCCCAGUUAGAGGUGACUACAAUUACAUUCUGAAGAUUUCUGGAUCUACUUUGAUUGGUUCGAAGAUUCACGCUCCUUUGACUCCACUGGAAGAGCUCAGAGUGCUUCCGAUGGAAACCAUUUUGGAAUCUAAGGGUACUGGUGUUGUUACUUGUGUCCCAUCUGACUCUCCUGAUGACUAUGCCACCACCAGAGAUCUUUACAACAAGUCUGAGUACUACGGCAUUAAACAGGAGUGGGUUGUCAAGGACCCAGUUCCUAUCAUCAAGACUGAAAAGUAUGGUGAUCUUUGUGCCGAGUAUCUUGUGAAGGAGUUGAAGAUCAACUCUUCUAAGGAUACCGUUCCUCUUGCAACCGCUAAAGAGCUUGCCUACAAGGAGGGUUUCUACAAUGGUGUCAUGCUCGUUGGAAAGUACAAGGGUGAGAAGGUUUCUAUUGCCAAGGAAAAGGCAAAGAAGGAUUUAAUUGCAUCUGGUGAAGCUUUUGCUUACAGUGAGCCAGAAUCUCAAGUCAUUUCGAGAUCUGGAGAUGAGUGUAUUGUUUCUCUUGAGGAUCAAUGGUACUUGGACUACGGUGAAGAAUCCUGGAAGCAGCAAGCUUUGGAAUGUCUCUCCAACCUGAACACAUACAGCGCUGAGAGCAGAAACGCUUUUGAAGGUGUUCUCAACUGGUUGAAGAACUGGGCUGUUUCUAGAAGUUACGGUCUGGGAACCAGAAUCCCAUGGGAUCCAAAGUACCUUGUUGAAUCUCUUUCCGACUCUACUAUCUACCACUCCUACUACACUGUGUCUCAUCUUCUCCACAAGGACAUCUACGGAAAAGUUCCUGGACCAUUUGGAAUCAAGGUUGAACAAAUGACCGAUGACGUUUGGGAUUAUAUCUUCUGUAACAUCGACAAGGUUGAGAGUGACAUUCCUCAAGAACAACUUGACAUCAUGAGAAGAGAGUUUGAAUACUUCUAUCCAACAGACAUGUCUGUUUCUGGAAAAGAUUUGAUUCCAAACCACUUGACUUUCUUCAUCUACUGUCACGUUGCCCUGUUCAAGAAGCAGUUCUGGCCAAAGGGUAUCAGAUGUAAUGGUCACCUGAUGUUGAACAACGCCAAGAUGUCCAAGUCUACAGGAAACUUCUUGACUUUGACCCAGAUGGUGGAGAAGUUCGGUGCUGAUGCUACCAGAAUUGCUCUUGCUGACUCUGGUGACAGUGUUGAAGAUGCCAACUUUGACGAGAGUAACGCAAACGCCGCCAUUCUCAGAAUGUACACUUUGAAAGACUGGGCCGAGGACGUUGUCAAGAACAUCGACACUUUCAGAACCGGAGAGUACAACUUCUUUGACAAAGCAUUUGACAACGAGAUGAACUCUUUGAUCAACGAGACUUAUCAGCAGUACGAUGCUACUAACUUCAAAGCAGGUCUUAAGUUUGCUCUCUUUGACUACCAAACUGCCAGAGAUUACUACAGAGAAGUUAGCAACAUUGGUGAUGGCAUGCACAAAGACUUGGUUAUCAAGUACCUUGAGACCCAGGCCAUUUUGGUGUCUCCAAUUGCCCCACACUUUGCCGAGUUCAUUUAUAAAGAAGUUCUGGGACACAAGGAGACCAUUCUGCACGCCAAAUGGCCAACUCCAAAGGAGCCACUCUCUGUUUCGUUGACCGACGCUUUGACAUACAUCAGAACCUUGUCCAGAUCUAUCAGAGAGACCGAAGGUCAAUUGCUCAAGAAGAAGAAGGGUAAGCCUGCCGACUUGAACAAGGACAAGCCAUGUGUUUUGACCUUGUUCAUCUCCAAGAGCUUCCCAGAGUGGCAGAAGAACUACGUCGAGCUCGUCAGAAAGCUUUUCGAGGAGCACAAGCUCGAUGACAACAACGCAAUCAAGUCCAGCAUUGAUGGAAAGGAUAUGAAGAAGGCUAUGCCUUUUGUUUCUACCUUGAAGAAGAGAUUGGCUACUGAGACUCCAGAGUCUGUUUUCAACAGAGAGUUGUCGUUUAAUGAGAUCGAGGUUGUGGAAUUGGCCAAGAACGUGAUUAAGAAGGCUGCUGCUAUCUGUAAUGUUGUUGACGUUAAGGCUGUCCCAAUUAGCAGCGACAGCACUUCUGGACAAGACGUUUUCACCGGUGUCACUAUCGAAGUUCCAAACAGCAAGAUCUUGGAAAGCUCCGUUCCAGGACAGCCAGCCAUUUCUAUCAAGAAUGUUGAGUAA